AGUUCUUAAUUUUAAAGUUCCUCAAGUAUUUCUCUUGGGAAGGUCUUGCUCUAAUAGUUGCUUACAGAAAAGCAGGACAUCCAGGUCUUGAAAGCUGUGGGAUGUGAUAGGAUUCUUCCUCCCUUUUAGUGGUGGCAUUUGGGGCCCCGGUGGUUUUUUUAGAGGGAAGAGUGAGGAAGGGUUAGAAGAUUCGUACAGAGUAAAUAGAUCUAGUGGAAUACAUAAGAGUCUUACUAUAGUUUUUGACCCUCUUUUGUAUUCUGUAGGCAAAUAUUUUUUUUUGGUGAAUUUUAUGAAGCAUUUUAAAAGGUGCUAAUAUCUGUUUUAACUACUAAAAUCACUCCAUAAAACUUCUGGUAACUUUAUGGGGAUAAAUUCAAACAAAGAAUUUUGCAAAUAUAGUUUGCAGUGAUUUCUGUCAACUGUUAUGAUUGUAUCACCUUUAUAUUAGUCUCUGCUGUUAUACUUCCCUUUUUUUCAGAGGACUGAAGUGGAUUUCAAAGGAAAUGUCCUGAUUUUUUUUUUUCCCCCUCACUCCAUGUAUUUCCAGAAAUGGCCCUUGCUCUGUGGAAGAACUUACUUCAGGCUUCAAGGAAAAGGAUACUGCAACAAAGAAGGUUGUCACUGUAUAAUGGUGCUCAUGGCUAUGAGGAAGAAUUGAUAAAGAAGAAACUUGAGCAGUUUUCUGGUGGAUCCAUCAACCUUUCCAAAGAAGACAAUGGCAUUGGAAUACUUACUUUGAAUAACCCAAAACUAAUGAAUGCGUUUACAGGUACUAUGAUGGUAGAACUCCUGGAGAGGGUUACUGAACUGGAAAACUGGAAGGAUGGCAAAGGUCUUAUAAUCCAUGGUGCAGGAAACACUUUUUGCUCAGGAUCUGAUUUGAAUGUUGUCAAAGAAAUAUCCAACUCCCAGGAUGGGAUGUAUAUGUGCAUGUUUAUGCAAAACACCUUAACCAGACUUAUGAGGUUGCCUUUGAUCAGUGUUGCACUAGUUCAAGGAAAAGCUUUUGGAGGAGGAGCAGAACUUACCACAGCAUGUGAUUUCAGGUUGAUGACGCCUGGAAGUGAAAUUCGGUUUGUCCACAAGCACAUGGGCCUGGUGCCCGGCUGGGGAGGAGGUGCCCGGCUGGUGCGGAUCGUGGGCAGCGGCGCAGCCCUGCGGCUGCUGAGCGGGGCUGCCGGGGUGGAGCCCGAGAGAGCUCGGAGCCUGGGGCUCUCCGAGGAGACGCUGCCGUCCGCAGACGAAACCAGAGCGCUGGGAGAGGCACGGGCCUGGCUGAAUCAGUACACAGAGGGUCCCACCGCUGUGAUUCGGGCUGUGAAAAAGGUGGUGACAGCUGGAAGAGAGCUCCCACUGGAAGCUGCCCUAAGGACAGAGAAGGACAUUUUUGGAACUGUAUGGGGUGGGCCUGCCAAUUUGCAGGCAUUGGCUAGAAGACCAAAACAUAAAUGAUGGUUUAUGCAUAAGAAGUGGGCUUGACCUUUUUGCAAACAAAGCUUUCCAUAAAGCAGCCAUUACACUGUAUCAUUUAAGGACUUGUCCGUUUAAAAUGGCAUUAACAUUCCUGCCAUUUAGGUCAGGCAGGCAUAUCUGGUGUGCAUCCACAGGCAGAUUCUCUACUGUCCUAAUCACCCACUGAAUUGAGAUUAGUGAAAUUAGUAUGUAAAGGUAAAUACUGUGCUGAAAAUAGAACUAUAAUUCAUUUGGAAUGAGGCUGAAGACUAUUUUAUUUGGUGGGUUUUUUUUUUUGUU